GCGAUGCUCUGAUGUUUGUACACGGACUGGAGCGAAGCAGAGCCACGGCGUCCACACAGGAGGAAUACCUACCCGAAGACAGUCCACUACAAAAGAAGAACCAUCAUGGACGAAGAAGAGCAGUUUGUGAACAUUGAUCUGAACGACGACAACAUCUGCAGCGUCUGUAAACUCGAAACGGAAACGGGGACCUUAUCUUUCUGCCAUGUUUGCUUUGAACUCAGCAUUGAAGGCGUCCCCCCUUCUACCUUGUUGCACUCAAAGUCCCUGCGGGGCCACAGAGACUGCUUUGAGAAAUGCCACCUCAUCGCCAACCAGAAGCUGUCACGUUCCAAGGUGUCCCGAAGUGCCUACGAGGGCAUGAAGCUGGCCCUCAGCCAGAAGCUGAACCGCAUCAUCCAGUACGCCCAGAACAAAGACUCGGUGUCCUCGGCUGGCGCCGGCAGACGGGGGGCCAAGCUGCUCUGCUACGGCCCCCAGAGCGACCGCAAGCUGCUGCCCCAGUCGGACGCCCAGGUGCCCCGCUACGCCCCCCGCUGGGAUACCGCCAAGGGCAUGGGCAUGCUGGAGCGCCACACCGCCGAGGAGCUGGGGCUACUCCAGGCGGCGCCGGAUGACGUGUGGGCCGACGGCGGCAGGAAAGGUCUACACAACCGCAACGCAACAUGUGGAGGAGGAGGACUGACGCCGCACAGAUGCCAUGGACACAGCAGAGACGAAUUGGCCAAAAUGAGCAUGGAUGAGCUUCAUCAGCUGAACAGCCAACUGCUGAUGCAGAUUCAGAAGGUGUUCGAGGAGCUGACCGAGGCCGUGCAGGAAAAGGACUCGCUGGCGUCGGAGCUCCACGUUCGCCACAUCGCCAUCGAGCAGCUGUUUAAGAACUGUGCCAAGCUGCCGUGGCUGCACAUCAGCAGGGCCGGCGUGAAGGCGAACAGCGGCGGCGGCGUUGGCCCCGUGGACUGAGGCGGAGGACGGCGCUUCAUUUUUGGGCCCAAAGGAAGGUGGUGAACACACGGAGUGACUUUGACUGCGGCGGCACUGAGCUGUCGGCUUUGCAUUAGAGCGGCAUGAAGGGCCGGUUUGACACGGCGUCCGUUCUUGUGGUUGCAGUGAUGAUGCAAGACUUAAUGGCGGUUUGCAGUGGGUCUGGGAUGUGACUCGAUUUCAGACGGACGACCCGGGAUGCAUGUUAAUAACCGGCGAAUUGGGCCACAGCGUUUCCACCGCGGACGUGGAUCUGGACUGUGGAUGUUUUGGUUUUUCUGCUCUGGUGUCGAUGGAUCUUCGUCUUCAACACCUGUGUUCAGCUUCAUGCAAACAAACAAAGACAGUCCAGAGGUUUUACAUUAGCGUCGACUGACGGGUUUCCCUCUUUUAUUUUUCAUUUUUUUCACUUUUAGUUUUACAUUUCAAGUUGUUUUGUCUGCUGGUUUUAUCAGAUGUGGGUGUUGAAAUAAGGGGAGAAGAACUGCUCAUUGUCCUAAAUAUUUAAUUGACUGGUGCUCUGUAAGGAGGGGGGAGCGAACACAGACGUGAUUAUUAUUUUACAGCGAGGCUCGGGUAUUUGUGCAUAUUUGAUGCGGAUGAGUUGGAAAUUGUCCGUCAUUGUGAUUCCGCCAGGCGCUGCCAGCAGUAGUUUUAAAACCGAGAUGAGCUUUUGCGCGGCUGCAUAUUGAUGAUGCGAUCGCACAGAAAACAAGCACGUAAACAGACACGAUCAUGAGGUAAAUAAUUGUGUUUUAAUGUUCAGUCUGAGGCUCCGUUCAGACCGCAGGCAAAUGUGGCCCAAAUCCGAUGUUUUUGCCCAUACGAGACCUGUAUCCGAUCUGUUAAAGACAGUUUGAACAGCACAAA